UCAUUUUAUAAAGAUAAAGUUCCGGAAGAGCUGUCACUCGACGCGGUAAGAUGUUGAAUUUGUUUUCGAGUACAAUUAUGAUAUUGAUGUUUAGAAAUCAACAAAUCUAUUUUUAUACCAUCUGAAUUUUACAUAAUGGAGGAUUUACUUGGUCUUAUAAACCAUGUAUCUGCUUAAAUAUGGGCACAUUAAAAGUUAUUGUUGAAUUUAAUGGAGGCGCAGAGCUACUGUUUGAAAAUGUUAAAGAACACAAUGUUGAACUUGACUCUACGCACACUACUUGGAACAUACAAAAAUUAAUAUUUUGGAUUAAAGAUAAUCUUUUAAAAGAGCGACCAGAACUUUUUAUUCAAGAUCAAACUGUUCGACCUGGUAUUUUAGUUCUAGUAAAUGACACCGAUUGGGAAUUGAUUGGUGAAUUAGAAUAUAAACUUCAAGAAAAUGAUAUAAUUACUUUUAUAUCAACACUACAUGGUGGUUAAUUAUUUUAUUAUAUUAAAAGUUUUACCGUUUGCUUUUA